AUGGUCCAAAAGGUUUACGUUACGUACAAUGACGUUCAUAAACUCUGCAAGGAGUCCGCACAAAGGAUUUUGGACGACUUCAAACCCGAGCUUAUCAUCGCAAUCGGUGGUGGUGGUUACAUCCCAGCCAGAAUUCUGAGAUCUUUCCUGAAACAGCCCAACGGAAAGAACAUUUCCAUCCAGGCUAUCGGACUCUCUCUAUACGAAAACCUAGGAACCGGGGAGCCUGAAGAGGCCCCAGGGACCGAGGUCGUUCGACUGCAAUGGCUUGAUUUCAGCUCUGAAGCUAUCAACCACUUGAUCGGCAAGAACAUACUGAUCGUUGAUGAGGUCGACGACACUAGAACCACUCUGCAGUAUGCUGUCCAAGAGCUUGAGAAGGAUGUCCAAGAACAAAGCCGAAAGCUAGGUCGUUCUGAAAAGACUAACUUUAGUAUCUUUGUCCUCCAUAACAAGGACAAAGAAAAGCGUGGAACGCUCCCCGAAGAGAUUGUUAACUCAAGGUACCUCGCUGCCAGAACCACCAAGGAUGUCUGGCUUUGCUACCCUUGGGAGGCUGUCGAUAUCGAAGAGCACGACCGCCUCGCAGCUCAACAGGGCGAGGAUAGCCUCUGA